UAGGCAUAAUAUAAUUGGCUAAUUGGAACAUUUGGAAUGACUGUCGUGGGUCUCACCUCUGUAUUUCCAAAAAACUGCACACAGCACAACACUCACUGUGUGUCUGUGCUGCCUUUCUUCCACCAUCUUGCCCCCCCACCCCCCCUCCCCCGGCACCAGCCACCUCCAUUUUGAUCGAUUCUUGAUUCCGGGUGGUGAUCUUAAUCUUGAUUCUUGUUGAUGGGGAAUUGAUGAAGUGUUAAUGGGAUUGUUGCCUUUGCCCAAAAAGGCUAUGGAGCACCUUCCUGUUGAGGUCAUUGGCAACAUAUUGUCCCGGUUAGGAGCUGCACGAGAUGUUGUGAUUGCAUCUUCUACUUGCAGGAAAUGGCGAGAGGCUUGGAGAAAUCAUCUUCACACACUUGCCUUUAAUUCGAACGACUGGCCUCUUUAUCACGAGCUCACAAGGAGCAGACUGGAGAUAAUUGUGACCCAAACAAUAUUCCAGACUAAUGGAUUGCAGUGUCUUUCAAUUGUGAUGGAUGAUGUGGAUGAGUUCUCUGCUGCUCCAGUGAUUGCUUGGCUAAUGUAUACAAGAGAAACCUUGCGUGAGUUACACUAUAAUGUCAGGACUACCCCAAACAUUAAUAUACUUGAGAUAUGUGGUCGCCAAAGACUGGAAGUGUUGGCUCUGGCGCACAAUACAAUUACGGGUGUUGAACCCAGUUACCAAAAAUUUCCUUGCUUGAAGUCUCUUUCACUGAGCUAUGUCAGUGUAUCAGCAUUGGACCUCAGUAUUUUUCUCACAGCCUGCCCGAAAGUUGAGGUCCUGAGUCUUAUAAGUCUGGAUAUUGUUAUGUCCGAUCCACAUGCCUCAAUGGAGCUGAGUACUAACUCUUUGAAAGAUAUCUAUGUUGAAGCCAUUAGUCUGGAUAAAAUCAUUCUGGAGGCGGAUAGCCUUGAGAAGUUGCAGUUAAAAGAUUGUACGCUUGAGGUCUUUGAACUUGUUAGCAAGGGGAAAUUAAGACUCCUUAAGAUUGAUGAUGUUAGUGUCAUCCAUCUUGAUAUUGGUGAGAGUGCUGAGAAUCUUGAGAUUGUGGACGUCAGCAAUUUCACAAUCAUGUGGUCCAAGUUCCAUCAUAUGAUAGCAAAAUCAUCAAAGCUGAGAAAACUGAGGCUAUGGGCAGUUGUGUUUGACGACGACGAUGAGGUUGUUGAUAUUGAGACAAUUUCUGCGUGUUUUCCUCAAUUAAUUCAUCUCUCCUUGAGCUAUGAACUAAGAGAGGCAGCUAUCCAGUAUGGACUGCAAGGUUCUUUUCAAUUGGAAAAUGUGGUUGUAUUGGAGCUUGGUUGGACAGUGAUUAGUGACCUCUUCUCACAGUGGGUAGUAGGGCUAUUGGAAAGAUGUCCUAAUCUGAGGAAAUUGGUGAUCCACGGGGUUGUUUCAGAAACUAAAACACAUGAAGAAUGCAAUACAUUAGCCAAAUUCACAUCUUUUAUUGUAAGGCUAAUGAGGAAGUAUUUGAAGAUAGAUGUUCAGUUUGAAUAUGACUAGAUUUGUGCUACGGUGCCCCCUGCCUUGGAAUUCACAGUUUUGUCAAAUGUCAAUAGCUCAAGGAGGUACACGAUCCUUUGUGGUGAUUGAUUCUGUUAUUACAUGGAUACCAUAAUGUUCCUUUUUUUAAGUUAAAGUUGUGUUUCAGCGUUGUAACUUACCUUAUUGUUUCAGUUCAAGUUCACAUAGUGUUCACUGUUAUGGUAUUCUUGUUGUUACUAGGUUAAUGCUUUAACACACUUCCUAGUGCAAGAGAAAACUUUUCUUUUUCUGCUUUUAUGUUUUAUUUUUGGUUGUAAUGAAGUGUACUUUUUUGGUCCA